AUGUCGCGCUCCUCUCACACAGAUGACUUCUUCCAGACCACGGCGGCCCUUGACGAGCAGAAGCGAAAAGACGCCAAAUCUCGAAAUACCAAUGGAUCCCCUAUCAAGCUACAGAGUAAAAUACUGGCGAUCCAAGCCGACCCAGUGGACGCAGGUGCAGUGUUUGUGGCUCAGAGUGGUGGCACCGUGAGGAGGAUCAUACCCGAAACAGGGGAAACUACCGCCGUUUAUACGGGACCAUCGGCUCCCAUCACGAGCCUCUGCUUCAGCCCCGAUGGCCGGUCCUUGUUUGCUGGGAGUUGGGAUAAACUCGUGUGGAGCUGGGAUGUGGCCUCAAGGGAGCCAAAAUUGAAAUACGAGGGUCAUACAGACUUUGUGAGAUCGGUCGUGAGCACCAGAUUUCGUGGCCAGGAUGUUCUGAUUUCAGGAGGGGCCGAUGCCCAAAUCUUGGUCUUCGAUAUCGCCAGUGGGCAGAGGAUCGCGGUCAUGAAAGGCCACGCGAAGGGCAUUCAGGACCUGGCUAUCGACCCCGUCUCGCUGGACUCAGAGGACCAGGGACCGGUCGUGUUUAGCGCUGGCAGUGACCGCGAAAUCCGACAAUUCCACCUUUCCCAGGGCACUACCGACCUCACCGGUACCGAAGCUCUGUUAGCCCACGAUACGAACGUUUACAAACUGUUCUUCGAUCGAGAUGCCGACCUAUGGACUGCAUCCGCGGACAAAACCACCAAAUGCCUCGUGAGAGAAGACGGGUGGAAGCCCAACCUGACACUGAGCCAUCCGGAUUUUGUCCGAGAUGUCGUGGUAUACGAACAGGGCGGGUGGAUCGUCACUGCAUGUAGAGAUGAGGAGGUUCGAGUUUGGAAUAGAUCAACCGGCCAACUCUACCAUACCUUUUCGGGUCAUUACGAGGAGGUCACUGGGCUUGCUCUUGUAGGGUCGACGGUCGUCAGCGUCAGUAUCGAUAGCACCAUUCGACAGUGGUCGUUGAAGCCCGAUGACCUCCAGAGCGCUGUGGAAAGGGCGAAGAAGACCUCAUCGGAGGAGGACGAGCAACAGCCGAACCCAGACUCCAUGCUAACGGAGGAUGAAGAGCGAGAACUGGCCGAGUUGAUGGGGGAGGACUGA